AUGCCCACCGACGCAACCCCCCUGCUCGAGUCCCAACAGCAGCGCGUUCAAGUCCCUCUCCCAACCGCCCAGCUCUUUGCCCUCUGGGUUUCACGUCUCACAGAUCCAAUUUCUUAUACGCAGAUCUUCCCUUAUAUCAACCAGUUCCUCCUAGUGUUGCAUGUUACUGAAGAUAUUUCGAAAGUCGGUUUCUAUUCUGGCCUGGUGGAAUCCACCUUCGCGGUCACUCAGACUUUGAGCACGUAUUCUUGGGCCCGCCUGUCAGAUGUCGUUGGACGCCGGCCAAUCAUUCUGUUUGGCGCUAGUGGGCUGGCUGUAGUCACCAUCUUGUUGGGCUUUUGCACGUCCCUCACACAGAUCAUAAUUGUCCGGGCCGUCGCCGGUUUCUUGGCAGGAAAUCUAGCUGUUUUCCACGCGAUUCUCGCCGAAAUAACGCAUGAAUCGAAUCAAGCAGUGGCAUAUCCUAUCUACUCCUCCAGCUGGCCGCUUGGUGCAGUAAUCGGUCCGCUCAUAGGUGGAUCGUUGAGCAAUCUUGGCACUAAAUACCCGAAUAUUUGGGGCUACGAUUUCGUGCUGGCCCACCCUUAUUUCAUGCCGAAUUUCGUGUGUACCGUUCUGGUUCUCUUGGGACUGUCUCUCGCAUAUGUGUUCUUAGAAGAGGUGCAACGCUCCCCAAGCAAACGUCCCGGCAGUUUUAAUCGGGCCGAAAUCGUUCAAUCCACGCCGUACGGAGUCAGAAAUCUGCUAGCCAACCCCAAAAUGCGCGCAGUCACAGCUUCUUCAUUUAUGCUAGCCUUCGUUGGGGCGGCUUUCGAUGUGGUCUUCGUGCUAUUCUGCUACACUCCGAUCCAGCAGGGUGGUUUAUCAUUUUCGGUCGACAAGAUCGGUCUAGCGCUUGCACUAAGCGGAUGCAUCCUCGUCGUUUUCCAGCUAAUCUUCAUGCCGAUGCUGCUGCGCCGAAUCAAAGCCGCCAAUCUCUACAAUUACUGCAUUCGAAUGUGGCCCCUUACAUUCCUACUGAUGCCGUCCCUCAACUUGAUACUGCGACGAGGCUAUAAUCCAGAAAUCGACGACCCCGCCACAAACAUCCUCCUUUGGCUUUCGAUGACUUUCUUGCUUGUCUGCUCUCGUAUAGCAGCUCUGGCCUACGGGACCCAAAUGAUCUUGGUCAAAGAUAUUGCGCCCACGACAGCUCUUGGGGAAGCUAACGGACUAGUGCAAGUCGCAAUGGGGGCUGCUCGCUGUUUCAGUCCCGCAUUUAUUAGUUCGAUCUUCGCCCUCUCGAUAGACAACAACGUCUUAGGCGGCUAUCCUAUUUGGGUGGCGGUUAUGCUGGUUGUUUGUCUUGGCAGCUGCUACUUGUCUGAGCAGCUGAUUGAAAUGAAGGGGGCGGACAAAGAAAGCUGA